AUUCUAAAGUGUGAGAAGGUGCGGCGUAGACAAAAUGGCGGCGUUGAAAAAUUUUAAGCAACGUCGUUAAGUGAAUUUCAAUAGCAUUUCACAAAAUUAAAAGGAGCCGAAAUCUGGAGGAGUGAUACAAGUUGUUUUUGAAGCCACUAUGCAGGCCGGCCCAGAGGAUUUCGUGCCCCCGCCCGAGUGCCCUGUUUUUGAGCCGAGCUGGGCCGAGUUCCAGGACCCUCUAGGCUACAUCGCCAAGAUCCGGCCCAUCGCCGAGAAGUCGGGCAUCUGCAAGAUCCGGCCGCCAGCGAACUGGCAGCCACCCUUUGCUGUGGAAGUGGACAACUUCAAAUUCACUCCAAGAAUCCAAAGACUGAAUGAAUUAGAGGCCCAGACUAGAGUGAAGCUCAACUACUUGGAUCAGAUUGCCAAGUUUUGGGAGAUACAGGGUUCUUCCUUGAAGAUCCCGAAUGUGGAGCGGCGGAUCCUGGAUCUUUACAGCCUCAGCAAAAUUGUAGUGGAAGAGGGAGGCUAUGAGGCCAUCAGCAAAGACCGUCGUUGGGCUCGUGUGGCUCAACGACUCAACUACCCAGCUGGCAAAAACAUUGGUUCCCUGUUGCGCUCUCAUUAUGAGCGAAUCAUCUACCCUUAUGAGAUGUACCAGUCUGGAGCCAACCUGGUGUGUAAUACACGUCCGUUUGACAGUGAAAAGGACAAGGAAUACAAACCCCAUAGCAUCCCUCUGCGUCAGUCUGUGCAGCUGUCAAAAUUCAACACUUAUGGUCGACGUGCUAAAAGGCUGCAGCCUGACCCAGAACCUACUGAGGAAGAUAUUGAGAAAAAUCCAGAACUGAAGAAAUUGCAGAUUUAUGGAGCUGGCCCCAAAAUGAUGGGGCUUGGGCUCAUGGCCAAAGAAAAAACUCUUAGAAAGAAGGUAUCAGCUCCUCAGGUUAAGGAUGGACCUGAAUGUCCUCCCACAGUGGUGGUGAAGGAGGAAAUGGGUGUAGAUCUGAAGCUAGAGACAUCCUUCCCUAAAAUGUUUAUGGAUGGAAAGGAGGAACUCUUUCACAGCCUGGAGCCCUGUACCAAAAUGACAAUGCGCCUUAGGAAGAACCAUAGUAAUGCCCAAUUUAUUGACUCAUAUGUAUGCCGAAUAUGUGCUCGGGGAGAUGAGGAUGAUAAGCUCCUGCUAUGUGAUGGCUGUGAUGACAAUUACCAUAUUUUCUGCUUGCUACCACCUCUGCCUGAGAUACCCAGAGGUGUCUGGCGUUGUCCAAAGUGUGUCAUGGCGGAGUGUAAACGACCCCCAGAAGCAUUUGGCUUUGAGCAGGCCACAAGGGAAUAUACACUUCAAAGCUUUGGAGAAAUGGCUGACACAUUCAAAUCUGAUUACUUCAAUAUGCCUGUACAUAUGGUACCCACAGAGUUAGUAGAGAGGGAGUUCUGGAGGCUUGUGAACAGCAUUGAAGAGGAUGUGACUGUGGAGUAUGGGGCGGAUAUCCACUCUAAGGAGUUUGGUAGUGGUUUUCCCAUUAAUGAUAGCAAGAAGCAUUUGUCUCAUGAGGAAGAGGAAUAUGCAGCCAGUGGCUGGAACCUGAAUGUAAUGCCUGUUCUGGAAAAGUCAGUCUUAUGCCACAUCAAUGCUGACAUUUCAGGCAUGAAAGUUCCCUGGCUAUAUGUGGGCAUGGUCUUUUCUGCUUUUUGUUGGCACAUUGAGGACCAUUGGAGCUACUCUAUUAAUUAUCUUCACUGGGGUGAACCAAAGACUUGGUAUGGAGUACCCUCAUUUGCAGCUGAACACCUGGAGGAGGUGAUGAAGAAGUUGACACCUGAGUUAUUUGAUAGCCAACCUGAUCUCCUUCAUCAGCUGGUCACACUUAUGAAUCCCAAUACACUCAUGUCACAUGGUGUUCCGGUUGUCAGAACAAACCAGUGUGCAGGAGAAUUUGUCAUUACUUUUCCUCGUGCUUACCACAGUGGCUUCAACCAGGGUUACAACUUUGCUGAAGCUGUGAAUUUUUGCACUGCUGAUUGGCUGCCUGCUGGACGUCAGUGUAUCGACCACUAUAGACGACUUCGGCGUUACUGUGUCUUCUCCCAUGAGGAGCUCAUUUGCAAGAUGGCUGCUUCCCCUGAGAAAUUGGACUUGAAUUUGGCAGCAGCAGUACAUAAAGAGAUGUUUAUUAUGGUGCAAGAAGAACGGCAACUACGGAAGGCCCUACUUGAGAAGGGCAUCACAGAAGCAGAGCGUGAAGCCUUUGAAUUACUUCCAGAUGAUGAGCGCCAAUGUGCCAAAUGUAAAACUACAUGUUUUCUGUCAGCAUUGGCUUGUUAUGACUGUCCUGAUGGGCUUGUCUGCCUUUCCCACAUUGAUGACCUCUGCAAGUGCCCCCGAGGCAAACAGUAUUUACGAUACCGAUACACACUGGAUGAACUUCCUGCCAUGCUACACAAGUUGAAAACCCGGGCUGAGUCCUUUGAUACUUGGGCUAGCAAGGUUCGAGGGGCCCUAGAGCUGGAGGAUGGGCGGAAGCGCAGUCUGGAAGAGCUAAGAGCUUUGGAGUCAGAAGCUCGGGAGCGUCACUUUCCCCACAGUGAGCUUCUGCAACAACUGAAAAACUGUCUGAGUCAAGCUGAGAAAUGUAUUUCCCAAGCUUUGGGGUUGGUUAGCAUUCAGGAACAAAGGGUAGACUCUCCUCAACUAACUCUAGAAGAGUUGCAGGCCUUCAUUGAACAGAUGAGCAGCCUUCCCUGUGCCAUGCAUCAGAUUGGAGAUGUCAAACGUGUCUUAGAACGAGUAGAGGCCUUCCGGGUAGAGGCACAGAAAGCUCUGGCCACAUUACCUGCUAGCUUGCCCCUCCUUCCAAACGUACUGGAGAGGGCUCAGCAGCUGGAGAUUGAAGUGCCUGAGACCAAGCAGCUGAGGCGACAAAUGCAGCAGUACUACUGGCUGGAUGAGGUGAGGCGAACUCUAGUUCCCCCUGCUCAGCGGGGCACCCUAGCAGUUAUGAGGAGACUUCUGGCUUUGGGUGCCAAUGUAGCACCCAGCCCUGCUGUAGAUAAGGCUCGAGCUGAGCUUCAGGAGCUACUCACCAUUGCUGAACGCUGGGAAGAAAAGGCCCAUCUCUGUUUGGAAGCCAGUCAAAAACAUCCUCCUGCCAUGUUGGAAGCCAUCAUUCAUGAAGCAGAGAACAUUCCUGUCCACCUUCCCAACAUCCUGGCACUCAAAGAUGCUCUUGCCAAGGCACGAGCAUGGAUUGCAGAUGUGGAUGAAAUCCAGAAUGGUGACCACUAUCCUUGUUUGGAUGACUUGGAGGGCUUAGUGGCUGUGGGCCGAGAUCUCCCUGUUGGGCUAGAGGAGUUGAAGCAGUUAGAGCUACAGGUGCUCACAGCUCACUCCUGGCGGGAGAAGGCUUCCAAGACCUUCCUCAAAAAGAAUUCCUGCUACACUCUUCUUGAGGUAUUGUGUCCAUGUGCAGAUGCUGGCUCAGACACCAUGAAGCGGAACCGGUGGAAGGAAAAGGAGCUGGGACCAUACAAGUCAGACACAGAACUUUUGGGUCUGUCUGCCCAGGACCUUAGAGAUCCAGGCUCAGUGAUCUUGGCCUUUAAGGAGGGUGAGCUGAAGGAAAAAGAAGGCAUCCUUCACCUUCGUCAUGCAAACAUGACCAAGCCUUGCCCAUCAUCACUCGUAUCUGAUGAUGUUGUAUCCUCAUCCUGUUUGUGUGGGCGGAUACCAGUGGGUGAGGGGACUAUACAGUGUGACCUGUGCCAGGAUUGGUUCCAUGGGAGAUGUGUAUCAGUCCCUCGACCCACUGUACCUCGUCCACUAAAUCCUAUCUCUCCAGUCCCCCUGGCAUGGUGGGAAUGGGAUACAAAAUUCUUGUGCCCACUUUGCAUGCGCUCCCGCCGUCCUCGCCUAGAGACUAUUCUGGCUCUUCUGGUUGCUUUGCAAAAGUUGCCUGUGCGGCUACCUGAGGGUGAAGCUCUACAGUGCCUCACAGAGCGAGCUAUUGGCUGGCAGGGUCGAGCACGUCAGGCUUUGGCCUCCCAGGAUGUGGCAGUGCUGCUGGCUCGCCUAGCCGAAUUACGUCAGUGGCUUCAGCAGCCAACUGGACUUCCACCUGGGGCUACCUGUGCCCAGCUUUUUACUCCAGCACCAGUAUCACUGAGGGAGAGCAUGAGCAAUGAAACCAAGGUAUCUUUGGAAAAUAGAGAUGGGAACACAAAGCUCAAGAAGAGUGGCCCUGGGGGAUUCUCAGACCUAGAUAUGCUCUUGUCACUGCUGCCACAGUUGAAAGGCCCAGUGCUAGAGCUGCCUGAGGCAGCCCGGGCUCCAUUAGAGGAGCUGAUGAUAGAAGGUGACCUGCUUGAGGUGACACUGGAUGAGAACCACAGCAUCUGGCAGUUGUUGCAGGCUGGCCGUCCUCCAGAUUUGACACGGCUCCGCACAUUGCUUGAGCUGGAGAAGGCAGAACAGGGUGGAACCCGGAUCCGGGGUCGAGCCCUGGAGAAGCGGCAUCGUCUGAAGACAGAGAAGACUGGUGAACUCAAGAAUGCAACCAGGGAACAGCUGAAGCCAAAGAGAAUACGAACCAGAGUGGCAGUGGGUGAAGAAGCCAUGAAGAAGGAUGCUGAGGACAGCAGCUCGGGACUUCCUAGUGAGGUUGCUGUCUCUGCCACUGGGCUGACUAAGGAGAGUGGCAGUCCUAGUCAGAGCCAGAAUAAUGUAGAAGUGAGGCCAGAGAGCUGGGGAAUUAAAUCAUCUACCUGUCCCUCUGGCAUUUGCCUGCUGCCCACCUCUUGUUUGUCCCUUUGUUCUUCUAAGCAGGAUUUGUGACAACCUGUAACCAGAUGAGUGAGCAUCUUAUCCCCUUCCUUCACCUUCCUUACCCCACCCUUCCCCAGAAGGCCCACCUCAGGGCAUGGUGAUAAUACUGGGAAAUAAGGAGAGUUCAAAUACCUAGGGUCCAUCCCUCCACCUUUACAUUUGUCUCUCUGGUCCCAUGGUCUAUCCAGUGUUUCGCCUUCAAGACCUUGGCAUAACCCUGUGGUCUUUUGUAUUCUGUUCUCCUGGAAAGGCUCAUGUGUCACCAUUCUGCUUUGGUCUACUUCUUCUUUUCUUGCUUUGGCAUAGCCAUUACCCUUCCAUGAAUGAGUGGAGAAGAGAGAAGUUAUAGCUAGGGUAAAAUACUAGACUGGGCCAGGGCUUAUGCAAAAUUAUGUAAAGGUUCCUCUCCCACAAGGCCCAGUGAGGUUUGUGCUUAAUUUCCCUUCCCAAUCUUUUACCUUUUAUAUUUUUUCUUUCCACCUGUUGUCUUUAUCUCUCUAUAUGUCUUUCAGUCUCUCUGUUUCAUUUUUCUUCAAAACUUCUCUAUCAUCUGUCCAGGGAAGAUGUAGGAAAAAGGAAGCCUCUGUUUCAUGACUUUUAAUCAUACGAGGUUUGUAAGAACUAUACUUUAGUGAUGAAGUAGUCUUGUCAGCUUCUUUUCUGGUACUCUUUCCUCCCAUAUCUCACCUCUUUCUCUUUCUGGCUCUUUCUCUAUGUGUUCACCUAAUUUAGACCUAAGUCUAAAUACCUCAACAAGAAUAUGUUCACCUAAUUCAGACAAAAUGUUGCCUAUGUUUACUCCAUCUUGUAAUUAGUAAGUUGUUUGAAUCCAAGUGGAUGAGAUUGUACUGACCCCUCUUAGUUUCAUCUUGCUGGAUUUAGCUCAGUGCUUUCUUUUGUGAUCCUAAGUCAUCCAUCACUGAGACAUUUGAGAAUUUGAUGAGAUUGUAAGUCAUGCAAAACAUACUAAAUGACACAUAGCUAACCAUAUGCCUUUGAGCUAUUCCACUGAAAAUCUCACACUGUUACUUAUCUUGUACAAGGGAAAAACACCUUUUGCUGGAAUGUGAUUAAUUUGUUCAAAGAAACAAUGGUCUCCUACCAGUCAAGAAAACACCCACAGGAAACACUUUGUUCUUGAGAUUGCCUAUUUUAAUUUAAUUUUAUUAUUUUCCUCAUGUUAGGAAUAAAAGAGAAGGGGUUUUUAUUUGUU